CUUGGUUGCAUUAUCAUUCCUCACUCUUAACGAGAGAUAUGGCCUAAAUGGCGUGCUGCUUGCAGCAUGUUGCAAACCACUACCGGCCAUUGGUACGUUGCAAUGAGCAGGAACAAACAUUCCCAAGACGAGACAUCCAAGGAUAGGGAAGCCUUCCGCAUACCAGUCGGCCUGGCUAUCGUGCCUUUUGACUUUUGGCUAUCAGUAUUCGAUCAGAUGGCGCUUCUGAUGGCUUCGCCCAGCGUUCUGCCUCGUGGGUGAAAUCCGUAGCGUUCUGGAGGCGAGAUGCGCUAUUGGUCACUGCCCACUCUGCCUCGCAAUCGGCCUGCAGCCCAUCAAAGCUAGGCAUUCUCAGCCUGGCCGAUAUAUCAACCCGUCGCGUUGCCGUUCCUUCUUUUCCUCAUUUGCGUCGGUUUCAUCUUUGGCAUCCUGGCACCUAUUGUCGAGCCGCUACAUUGAUCAAUAGCGACGUCCAACUGAAUCAUGGCCGAUCCUUUGACAGCCUUCGGUGCAGCUGCCGGCGCCGUUCAGAUUGCCGACGUAGCCUUACGAGCUAGUGGCGAGGCAUACGGAUUCCUUGCGGCGGUCAAGGACGCAGGCAAGGAUGUUCAAGCUCUGAGAGAUACCUUGUGCGGCGUAGAGUCAAAUAUUCGCAGUCUACGAAACUACGUCAGCAAAUUCAGCAAGUCGAAGAAUGCUAGAGAGGAAUUCGAGGUGCUCCCGGAAGCCAUUACCGGGACGCUGAUGCGCUUCCACGAUGAUAUGGUCUACCUGAAAUCCGUUCUCCCACGGAAACCAUCGCCAACUCUCGCACAGAAGGUUCGAUGGGCGUAUAACAGACAUAGGGUUGCCAGCGCGAUAAAAAGGCUGAACGACCGUAAGACUGACCUGAACAUUGCGCUAGCAAUCACUGGGCGGUAAGUAUAGUAUCCGCCUCAAGUUUAGGUUCCAAACAAGAGACCACUAAUUUCAGUCUCAGUCAGCAUGAUCUAAAUCUUCGACAAGAUACCGCAGAGUUGAGCGCAACUCUGGUGAGAACUAAAGAUAAGAUUAUGG